AUGAAAUUUUCUUAUAGUUUUUUGUUUUUCCUUUUUAUUAUAAUUUCAGUUAUAUUAACUGAAGUUGGUUGUUCUUAUUGGAACUGUAUAAAUGGUUAUGAGAUACAAAUGAGUAAUCAUAAGGAGUGUAAGUGUAAUAAUGGAUAUGUAAAUUUAGAUGAAGAUAUGUGCUCACCAAUAUUUAAAUGUGACCACUUAGAUAGCACACAUAGACCUUGUGAUAAUUAUUCUGUGUGCACAGAAUCUCCAGUUAGAAAUGGCCAAAGCAAAUUGACUUGCCAGUGUUCGAUAGGUUAUAUUAAACAAGGUGAUUCAUGUGUUCCAGCUGUUUGCAAAAAUAUUGAUUGUGUAAAUGGAAAGUGCAUAGAAAAUCCAGAUAAUCCGGAUAGACCAAUGUGUUCGUGCAAUAUAGGCAAAGACGUAAAUCCAGAAGAUAAUGGAGCAUGCACAAAAGACGGGACAACUGAAUGUACAUUAUAUUGCCAAAUAGGUGAUAUAUGUAAACAAGAGGGACCAUUUUAUACAUGUACUAUUGAUGAAUCCGGAUCUAGUAGCAGUGGUGGUGGUGGUGGUGGCGGUGAUGGUGAUGGUGCUGAUGGUAAUGAUAAGGAUUCAUCCUCAGGUAGUUUUAAUAGGAACCUAUCAGUUUUCAAUACAUUAAGUAUAAUUUUCUUAAUUGCUUUAUUCUAUAUUAUUUGA